AUGGCGCUUCUUGCUGUCAUGACCUUCCGCUGCUCCCGAUGCAGCCAGUCCUACCAGCAACCAGGGUUGUUCACCCGCCCGUCCAACUCCUUUCCUUUCUCCUUUAUCCUCUUUGCGUCCUUCAUCUCGUCUUCAGUCCCAUCUGCUGAAUUUGUGCGGCCGUUCUUAAUCAUGGCCGCCAUCGACCUCCUUGCUAUCGAAGCACGACACCAAGUCAUCAAGCGGAGCAACUGGGCUAGCGAGAAUCCCGGGGUGGUGCUGGUCUUCUGCAUCGUCUUUAUUGUCGCCGUGGGAAUCAUCGCGCUGUUCAUCUACCGGAAGUGCAUGGCACGGAAAGCAGCGAAACAAUCAUAUGAGGUCGAGCAGAGGUAGUUUGCGUCUUCAACCGGUCCGACCGACGAUGUGAUACAAGGAGGGGAGGAUGCAGCGAAGUGCCCGAAGGGAAGCAAACGACUGAACUUGGGCUGGCUAUAUCACUUCACCGAUUGGCGAGAGUUCCUUUUUCUUCUUUAUAAUGUACUUGUCCCAUCCGUCAAGGAUACCCGCGCGUUCUGGAGGAUCUGGGCGAAGCCGGAUUGCGUUGAUUUAAUGAAUUGGGUGCUGGAGUCAUAAGCCUGAGUCUUUCGGGAUGGAGAUGGAUGAUAUACUGAAUACAUACUCUUAAU